UGGGAGCGCCGGAGUGAGCCUGUGUGUGCUACUGAUGUCACCGGGAGGGAGGCGGAGCUCUCUGUGUACAGGCAGGGCUGCUGGUGGCUGCAGAGAGAGAAGAAAAGGAGGAGGAGGAGGAAGAUGGUGGAAUUAGAUGUGAUACCUCCAGGACCCAAGCCUCUCUCCCAGGGCUGCUACACGUCUGCUUACUAAGCUCACCUCCCCCUCACCACCAUACAUACAUACAUACAUACAUACAAGAAGGCAGCUGCUGUGCCCGACCCUACUGUGCAACCACUGGGAUUUCCACUGAGGGUGACAAGUCUGGAGAGAGCUGUGGCCAGAGGGGUUUGGAUUCCCUCGCCAGCCAUCAUGCUGAAUUCAGACGUGAAUCAUAUUAGGACUGCUUCUCAAUGGUCGUAAUUCAGCAAUGCAGGAGAAGGAGGUCAUGCAGCUGAUUGCACCAAUCCAAAGUACAGUCCCUAAGGCUUCUGUUACUGACCAGAAUUUCAGACAAAUAAAUGGCUGACUGCUCAGACUAUUUUAAAGAUUACAGAACAAAGAUGUUUACACUAUAAGACUGACUGCUGUGAACCAGCCAUGAACCACUUAGAGGGAUCACAAGGGGUAGAGGUGAGCGACGAGCCUGGAAGUGCUGACAUUAAUGAGUCAGUGGAAGCUGACCUUGAGCACCCAGAGGUGGAGGAAGAGCAACACCAGUUUGUUCCUCCAAACUUGCGGCAGGUAUCUGAAGAGCAGGAGGGACAAUCUGGACAAGAGGAAGAUGGCACCCUUGCCCGAUCUGCAAGCACAGAGAGUGGUUUCCACAACCACACAGAUACAGCUGAGGGAGACGUGAUUGCAGUACAGACAGAUGGAUAUGAUGUGGACCGAAUCCAGGAGAAUGAUGAUGAGAGUGCCUAUGCUAUUCAGUACAGACCAGAGUCUGAAGAGUACACUGAGAAUGCAGAGGCAGAACAUGGGGAAGUCCUGCACAACCGAACUCUUCCUAAUCAUUUACAUUUCCAUGGUCUCGAUCAGGAGGAAGCUCUUAAUGCCGCCUACUCUGGAUAUGUCUACACCCAUCGGCUAUUUCACAGGGGAGAGGAUGAGCAAUAUGCGGAACCUUAUGCAGAUUAUGGACUGCAAGAGCAUGUGUAUGAGGAAAUAGGAGACACCCCUGAACUGGAUAUUAGAGAGGGCCUUAGACUUUAUGAGCAGGAAAGAGAGGAAGCUGACAACUAUAGGAAGGAAGCACUUGGUGCACGUCUUCACCAUUACGAUGAACGGUCUGAUGGGGAGUCUGACAGCCCUGAGAAAGAGGCAGAAUUUGCACCAUACCCAAGAAUGGACAGUUAUGAGCAAGAGGAAGAUAUAGAUCAGAUUGUGGCAGAGGUUAAACAAAGCAUGAGUUCUCAAAGUCUGGACAAAGCAGCAGAGGACAUGCCAGAAGCAGAACAAAAUCUGGACAUAGUUGAACCUUGCCAUGUGACUAAUGGAAAUCUGUCAUCUUGUUCCAAAACUUCUUCAAAUACAGGAGAGAUAGUUCAGAGGUAUAGUAAGGAGAAGAGGGAUGCCAUCUCACUAGCCAUUAAGGACAUUAAGGAGGCGAUUGAAGAAGUAAAGACAAGGACAGUUCGUUCCCCAUACACUCCUGAUGAGCCAAAGGAACCUAUCUGGGUGAUGAGGCAAGACAUUAGUCCAACAAAGGACUGUGAUGACCAAAGGCCACUAGGUGGAGAUUCUCCAUCUCCUGAUUCUUCGUCACCCCAGGGGGCUGAAUCAACAAAUCGGCAAAAUCAUCAAAAUGCAUGUGAUGCAGCAGAGUCAUCUACAAACAAGGAGUCAAGGAAGAGCUUGGCUUCAUUCCCAACCUACGUUGAAGUGCCCGGACCCUGUGAUCCAGAAGACCUAAUUGAUGGAAUUAUUUUUGCUGCCAAUUACCUCGGUUCUACACAACUGCUUUCCGACAAGACCCCUUCUAAGAACGUGCGUAUGAUGCAAGCACAGGAAGCUGUCAGUCGGAUUAAGAUGGCCCAGAAAUUAGCCAAAACCAGAAAGAAGGCUGCAGAAGGGGAGGCACAACCUAUGACCGAAGUGGACCUCUUUAUUUCAACACAGAGGAUAAAAGUAUUGAAUGCUGACACGCAGGAGACAAUGAUGGAUCAUCCUUUGCGGACCAUCUCUUACAUUGCAGAUAUUGGCAAUAUUGUGGUUCUCAUGGCACGGAGACGCAUGCCACGUUCCAACUCACAAGACAGUGUGGAGGCCUCUCACCCGUCUCAAGAUGGAAAGCGACAAUACAAGAUGAUCUGCCAUGUUUUUGAAUCUGAAGAUGCACAGCUAAUUGCUCAGUCCAUAGGUCAGGCUUUCAGUGUGGCUUACCAGGAGUUCUUGAGGGCAAAUGGUAUUAACCCAGAAGAUCUGAGCCAGAAGGAAUACAGCGACCUGCUCAAUACUCAGGACAUGUAUAAUGAUGAUCUCAUUCACUUCUCUAAGUCGGAGAACUGCAAAGACGUUUUUAUUGAAAAGCAAAAGGGGGAAAUCCUUGGAGUGGUGAUUGUGGAAUCUGGCUGGGGAUCCAUUUUGCCCACAGUUAUAAUAGCUAAUAUGAUGCAUGGAGGGCCAGCUGAGAAAUCGGGAAAACUAAGCAUUGGAGAUCAGAUCAUGUCAAUCAAUGGCACCAGCUUAGUUGGUCUGCCACUUUCUACCUGUCAAAGCAUUAUCAAGGGCUUGAAAAACCAGUCCCGUGUGAAGCUGAACAUUGUGAGGUGCCCCCCAGUUACCACAGUCUUAAUCAGGAGGCCCGACCUGCGAUAUCAGCUUGGCUUCAGUGUACAGAACGGCAUUAUUUGCAGCCUUAUGCGCGGUGGCAUAGCAGAGCGAGGAGGAGUGAGAGUUGGGCAUCGCAUCAUUGAGAUCAAUGGACAAAGUGUUGUAGCAACUCCCCAUGAGAAGAUUGUUCAUAUUCUUUCCAAUGCAGUGGGGGAGAUACAUAUGAAGACAAUGCCGGCAGCAAUGUACCGACUGCUGACUGCACAAGAGCAACCCGUUUACAUCUGACGGGACGGCUUUCACUUCACGACAUGCAUGGAGGGCACUUCUCUCACUUGUGGUUGUUCAUAGUGCUGCAUAUGUGUCUACAGAGACAUCUACAACUUGUUUCAUUCUCUGCUACACAUUCUCCUGAUAUCUUCUGUCUCACUCCUCAUAUAAUGGGUACCAGAGAAACUGUUCUGUUCCCAAAACUACUUUGAUGCCCAUGGCCUCUCCAUGAACUCCUGAACCUUAAAAUGAAGGGAAAACACCUCAAAGGCUAUUGCUGUGAGUAGGUUGGAUGCUCUUCUCCGUACACCCUGUGGUGUUGAUGAAGAAACAAUUUCAUGAACAAAAAAUACCCAUUGUAUUUACACUGUAGUAGAACGAUUAAGGUUAUCAUUUCAUUAUUGUUCAAGUAUUUAUAUAUUUCUUGACCUGACAGUCCACCAUUGAGAACCUCAACACAUUGCAGUAAUUUGCAAAUAUGCUGUCGUUCUUUCUGGUUCAAGGUGCAUUGAAAUGUAACAUACAAGACUGGCCAGUAACUAUUACAUUCCAUGGAAGAUCCUUCAUGCAGGUGCCACAGGUGAGCAGAACUGACCACUACCAUGAAAUCUAUGCAUGAAGCUCUAAGCUAUGACAUUCAUCUGCACAAAUUAGGGAGCAUCUCAUAUUAGGCAUCCUAUUAAGACAGCGAGUAGCCUCAGUGAAUGAUCUGGGCAUCUGUGUAAAGUUCUAGUAGCUGCUCCAGUUAUGUAUUUAAAGUCCGUUAUCAGGAGACAAGAUGGGCCACGUAAAUCUAAACUCAGACUAGCCGGAAACUUUAGCACUCCACACAAAAAGAAUAUAUAUUACUAGAUUAAAGAGUUUACAUGUCUUAAUGCAUUGUAGUUUGAGUUAUGACAAAUAAUUAGCUGAUAGAUCUAAAAAUAAAAAAGUUACAAAAACACAAGAAGCUGAUAAGUCGCAACUUUGCUUACAUUGAAGGUCACCAUGCCAAAGUUCAACUGAUUUAGCUAGCGGCAUGAGUUGGAGCUGCAUGUUUUUGAAGCAGACAGAUGAAAAGCAAAAUGCAAUUGUUCUUUUUCAGCAAAUUAGGGGGGGAAACUUCCUUGCCAUUGUCACUGGAAGCCCCAUAAAGUCGAUAAGAGGAGCACAGUUCUGAGAAGGGGAAAGAGCAUGUGCUGUUUAACUUAACGCCUUCUGUCAAGGUGUAAAUCCUACAAACUGCAUUCACAUAAAAUCAACUUGCAUUUCCACUUUUUGUUUUCUUUUAAGUUCAGCAGUCUAUUCUGUUUGAAGCAUAGGAGGCCAGCCUUUAACUGAAGUCCAGGUGAGGAUGUGGUGCCCAGUCCAGAAAUUAAAGAAUAAGUAUAAUUUCUCAAAUAUGCAUAUAUUAUAACAAUAGAAAAUGAUAAUACAUGGGGAGACAUUCUGUCACUGUCUAAAUUUACUGGCCUUGGGUUGGGGCAUUGACAAAGCUACUCCCUUGCUGACUUGUUUACUAACUGCAUGGGUUAAUCCUUGAAAAGUGUGGCAAAUACAUGUAUAAGAUAAUAUCUCAUUCAUUUUUUGCAGCUGAGGAAGAGCCCUCAACACUUGUGCGGAAGCCACGAAUACCCCCAUAUGUAAUUAAAGGUAGUACAUUUGAUCACGUGCAGUAACCCAUUACAACCAAUAAGAUGUUGGUCUUUAAACAUGCUGCCUGCUGCUAUAGAUGAGCUAGACUUUGCUCCUUUUGCAUAACCCGAGAGGUCUAUCCCAUUAGUCCAUAGUGCAGUAAGCAAUGGGAAGUUCUGUACUGGAUUGCCUGCCACCAUACUCAUAUAGUGGUUGCGGCUCACCUCACUGCAACAUGAUUUUUCACCUUUGAGUCAAAUUUUAGUAUGAUAAAGACAGUGAUAUUCUCUUUAUUAAGGAGCUCUCCAGUUUGCAGUGUCAGCCAUGUGGUUGCUGGGGUGUAAAAUUAUCCUAGCAACCAUGAAUUGAUUUUAAAAUGAGACUGGAAUAUAAAUAGGAGAGGGCUUGAACAGAAAAACAAGCAAUAAAAAGUAACCCUUACAGAGCAUUUGUUUUUAGAAGGGGUCAGUGACCCCCAUUUGAAAGCUGGACAGAGUCAGAAGGGAGAUAAUUAAAAAACUUUAAAAAAUAAAUAAUGAAAACCAAUUGAAAGGUUGCUUAAAAUAGGCCAUUCUAUAACAUACUAAAAGAUUAGUUGAAGGUAAACCACCCUUUUAAGAAUAAAACACCUGGACAAGUGAGCGAUGCUUUAUUUGCUACGAUUUACAUCAGGAGUAAAAUAUGUUGGGUCAUGGGAACUGGGAAAGUGGCUUCCAUCCAAUAUAGUCAAUAGUCUCUUGUGUCUCCUGAUCUUCUGCGAAUAACAUGUCUGUAUCAUAAUGACAUAUAUAUGUUUGUGCUAAGGUCAUGUUCUCCAAUGUUCCACGGCAUGUCCACCGACCGACAAAUUGAAGAGCCCAGAAUUAUAUUUGCUGUAGGUGAAAGGCAGUUCUAGAAACAAGACGCCAAGCUCUGCAGUGAAUCUAUGUACUCCAGGUUUUAGUUCUGCUAAACGACAAGAUUCCUGGUGAAACCUUCCUUGUUCUUGUUUACGUCUGCCAUGGCUCCGAUGCAACUGUGUGGUUUUCCAGUGUAGCCUAGAAACAGCGUUUACUGUAUUGGGAAUGUAGAUAAUGUAGGUGUAAGUCUGGGCUAUACUGAGAAUUCUUUGGUGCUUUGUUAGGACUACAGGUGAUGUAUUUAUUCUGGUUUAGGUGGUGUACGAUUGGUUAGCCAAUGGGUAGAAAUCAAAUGGGUAAUACCCUGUUGCUAAAGAUGAAUACUUGUGGCAUGUUUACUUGAUCUUGCAGGAGGUGCAAUAUUAUGGGCUUACAUGGGCCAAGGCACAUUCUUGAUGUUUACUAAAAUAAGAUUUAUGUACUGGGGUUCUGACACUUGAAAUGUGAAAUAUACGGACACAUACAAAGUCCAGCAUUUUAUCUCCAAUGAGACAUUAUGGUUGUGUCAUUUGAUGAGAUAAGGACUUGACAACGCUGAUAUAUUUAGUCUUUGUCAGACACACUUGUGUCGUGCUUCAGUGCUUCAGGCACCCGUAUGCUAUUCAGACCCACAUUUGUCUAAAGAUAGACACUAGAUAAAUGACAAACAUGCAAUGAGACAAGGCAGAAUUCUUUGUACCAGGCCAGUGACAUUGACAAAAAUCUGUGCUUCUCUUGCUGCUAUGAGAAUACAGAACAAAUCCAUGUCACACAAUUUAUUCAAAAACAGACUCUUCAUUUUAGCUCUUACAGCUUAUGAGCAUGAUACGAAGAAAAGCGAGAAUAUUUAAAAAAAAAUUGUCAACUAAAAAAGUAAAUGCUUUGAGACUUUUUUUUAACAAUUGCCGUUUCCAGUCCAGGCGUUUUCUUGAUUUUCUUACACUCCAAUAAAUACGGUGGCCAGAGAGAUAGUACAAAACAUCACACAACAAAGCCCAGGCUGAUGAAACCGUAGUUGCAAUUGUAGGCGUGGUUGUUAUUUAUUGGGCAGAAUACGGAGCCAUUUCAAUUUCGUCUUCAUUUGUUGUCUCAAGCAUCAGGCUUCCCCAACAUGCUCGGAGUUUAAAAUUUAGAUGAUGCACAAACGUACUUGCAUCUUAUUAUUCUGCUGAACCCCUGAGCUCUAUUUAAACCACUUCCAAGAAUCUGUCAUGCGUUUGGCGUUUAUUAAAUACAUGAAAUGAAGAGCAACGUUCCUUUGGUUUCAACAGCCGGUGUUUAAUGAACAAUCCUAAUAUUGACCUCCGACAGCUGCACUCUCUAUAGGACUAGUAUGGGCACAAGUAAUUGGACCUACUUGAUGUUCCAAAAUAUGGGUCAAAAAGUAAUGUCAAACUUCCAUAUCUCCUUCUAUCCUUGGAAUAUGUGUUGGGAGCUUGACAUACCAGCCCUCUUAUAUUUCAGUUCUGCCUCAAGAACUAAUUCCUUCUUGAUAAAUGAUUAAAGCCAUCCUGGAUAGCUUCAAAAAUGAUAUUUAGGCGGUUAUUUAUCAAAGUCUGAAUUUAUUUCAAUAGUAUCUGCUACAAACUCUGAUCAAAUCCGCUCGGGUUUUUUACACUUAUUUAUUAUUACAUUUUAAGAAAAAUUUGCUUUGCGGGGAAAAAAAAUCUGAUUUUCACGGGGGGGUUUUUUUGGAUUUAUCACCCGAAAACUCUGAUUUUUGCCCGAAAACUUCGGGGUAUUACACGAAACCCAGCGCACAUCAAAAAAUCAUUGGGACUUCUCCCAUUGACUUAUAUGCAACCUCGACAGGUCUGAGAUGCUGGAUUUUCUGACUUUUCCAUCCUCUGGAUUUAAUAAAUUCCGAAAAAGUCCAAUUUUAUAAAAAAAAAAUCAAAAUUUUUUUGUGAUUUUUGCAUUCGGAGUUUAGUAAAUAACCCCUUGAUCUUGAAGUGAUCUGGAUUGAAGUAUAACAGUAUAAAUGUGUUUUUAGCUAACAAAUGGCCUUCGCUCAAUGUUCAUAGACACUGAAGCCUGAAAUGCUAUAGGUGCACACAGCCCUAGUAAAGCCUCCACUGAACAGGGUGAAUCAAAGCAGAAGACUGGGUCUCACCGUUUACGUUAAAUACAUUCCACAAUGGACUUGUUUACACAUUUGUGUACAAUUAUAUGCACAACUGUCGCCUUCACUGUAAGCGAUACUUGUUACAUUGUCAGGUUUCAGUUCAAGAAUAACAUUUAUUUUUAUUUUUUACAUCUGUUGGGUUUAAAAAAUACUCUUGACUUUUUUGUUGUUGUUUUUUUUAAAUGUUAUUUUUAUUUCUUGAACAAACACAGCAUCGAUAACAUUUUGUGUACAUACCUAGCAGAGUCCUUAGAUUAUGCAGUUGUAUUACUGUUCUGUAAAGAGGGUUGAAUAGAAAAUAUUGUAAAUCGCUGGAUAAGUAUAGUAAUGUAUUUGUAACAAUAUUGUUCUUUGUAAACCUGAAAAAGAAUCCAAUGAAAUCAGUGUGAGCCUGGAAUGUUGAUACUGCACAUCUACUGAAUGUAAUUCCUAUGACAGUCUUGUCACGGGUUCCUUGCCCCCCCCCCUGUUUUUUGUGAUACUGCUGCCAUGGUUUGAUUGAGUUGCCAGCUUUUUUGUUGUGAUGUAUCUACUCUGUGUAUCUUUUAUUUAACUGAGCGCUUGCUGAUCUCUGUAACAUUUGCAACAAAAACAACUAUAGUAAUAAAAAUAAUAAUAAUAAAAAAUGUUGAAUUGAA